AAAGAGGUCCGGGGGGGCCGAAGGGGGUUUCGGUUUUCUUCCCUCGGACCUUCUCCUCUUCCUCCUCCUCUUGCACCCUCGGACGCCUCUUUGCACCCCCAAGAGCCUCCUGUACCCCCAGACUUCUCUCUGCACCCCCCAAACCUUCCCGCACCCCUAGACGUCUCUCCGCCUGCCCCCCCCCCCCAACCUCCCGCAGCCCCGGGCGUCUCUGCGGACCCCCCGGACGUCUCUCUGCACCCGCAAAAGCCUUCUGCACCUCCGGACGUCUCCGCGCACCCCCUCGGACGCCCCUCUGCGCCCCCAAAAGCCUCCUGCACCCCCGGCCGUCUCUGCACAUCCUUCGGACGUCUCUCUGCAUCCCCAAGUCUUUCUCGCACGCCCUCGGACGUCUCUGCACCCUCCAAAACCUCCUGCGGCCCCGGCCGUCUCUGCACACGCCUCGGACGUCUCCCUGCACCCCCGCGAGCCCCCCGCACCCCCGGACGACGCCCCCCCUCAUUUUGGGGGGGUCUCAUGGCGGAGGGCGGGGGUCCCCUGCGCCUGAAGGCCUGGAUGGUGGCUCAGAUCGAGAGCGGCCGCUACCCGGGCCUGCGCUGGGAGGAGGAGGAGGAGGGACAGGAGGAGGAGGAGGGAGAGGAGGAAGGCGGGGGUCGCGGCGCGGGUCGCCCCGGACACAAGACCCUGUUCCGCCUGCCCUGGAAACACGCCGCCAAGCAGGGCUACCGACCCCAGCAGGACGCCGCCCUUUUCAGGGCCUGGGCCAUCUACAAGGGCAAGUACCGGGAGGGUGCGGAUAAAGCGGAUCCGUCCACCUGGAAGACGCGUCUACGCUGCGCCCUCAACAAGAGCGCGGAUUUCCAGGAGGUCCCGGAGAGGAGCCAGCUGGACAUCUCCGACCCCUACAAGGUCUAUCAGAUCGUCUCCGCCAGCCCCCACGCUCCGGAGCCGGCGAGGGGCGGCCGCCCCAAGACCCUCCAUCCGGAAACUGCUCAGGUGAAAAGGGACCGUGAAUUAGGCACCAAGGAUGAGAAAUUGGCGGGGGUCCCUCAGCGCCCCUCUUUCCAACCGGAUGCCUCCUUCCCCAGCCCAUCCGCUGACCACAGGUAUCAGCUGAAAGAUGCCUUAAACAGCUGGAGUGCAGUCCCCAGCCCCCUGCAGCAGAGGAGCCCAGAAACUUCUCUUCUCAGCCCCAGUGAAGAUAUCAGUAAUUCUGACUGCUGGCUUCACGUUCGCCUCUUCUACCGCAACGUGCUGGCGCGGGAGUGGACGACGCGGACGGCCGAGGGCUGCCGCCUGUCCUCCAGGCCCGAGCCCCCCGCCGACCGCCGCCUCUUCGGCCCCGCCCGGCUGGACCAGAUGGCCUUCCCCCCGCCGCCCCGGCCGCUGGCGGCCCUCCUGCGGAGGCUCCUGCCCCAUCUGGAAGGGGGGGUCCUGCUCUGGGUGGCCCCCGAGGGCGUCUUCGCCAAGCGCCAGUGCCAGGGCCGCGUCUACUGCGAGGGGCCGCUCGCCCCGGACCGCCAGCGCCCCAACAAGCUGGAGCGCGACAGGACCUACAAGCUCCUGGACACCCACAGCUUUCUGGAACAGCUGAGGGGCUUCCUGAGGAGGGGGGAGCCGCCCCCGCGCUACCGGAUCCGCCUGUGUUUCGGAGAGGAGUUCCCCGCGCCGCCCGGACAGGACCCCAACAAGCUCAUUAUGGCCCACGUGGAGCCGGUGUUUGCUCGGGAGCUGGUCCUCCGCGCCCAGAGGCUCAGGACCACCCCCGUCGACCCCGAGGUCGCCCCCCAACUCUAAAUCGGACGACUCGGACGCCGGGGACCCCCCCCCUUCCCCCCAGAAAGCCGGCCCCCCCAUAAGAAAGGCUGUGACUUUUGCUCAUCGCGGGCGGGGAUCGUGUCUGUUCACUGCCGUGACGUCCUCUCCCAAACGCAUAGUACAGCGCUCUGCACACGGUAGGCGCUCAAUACGUACGAUUGCCUAGUUGAAAAUGAUUUCUGCCCGUCUCCCUUGAGGGCAGGGAUAGCGCCUAGCAACUCUACCACCGUGGACUCCUCCGAGCGCUCAGGGCGGUGCUCUGCACCCCCUAUGCUCUAUACAUACGGAUCGAUUGACCCCCAAAAGCUCUUUAAGGGCAGGAAUUGAGUUCCCUGAGACUGUCUUGGCCCAAACGCUCGGUACGGUGCUCCGCACGCAGUAAGCGCUCGAUAAAUACUACCGAUGGAUCGAUUGUAAGCUCGACACCCCUUGAGGGCAAGGGUCCUAACGAUUCUACGUCCUCCCCCGAGUGCUCCGCAUAAUUAUAGUAAUUACGGUGUUUAAGUGCUUACUAUGUGCCAGGCACUGUUCUAAACCCAAUAAAUAAGAUUGAUUAAACACUCUCGUCGUGGGCAGGAGACCGUGUCUGUUGUGGAUUCCCCCGGGCGCUUAAUACAGUGCUUUGCACACAGUAAGCCCUCAAGCAACACCGCCGAAUAAAUCAAUCGAUACACCGAUUGAUUGAUUAGUGAUGGACGGAUGGAGCUGAGGUCGUCAACAGGGUCUCAUUUUCCCCAGAGUAAUGAGCGCGGAAUCUCACCUAUACAUUUAUUUACAUCGAGUCAGGAGUCUUGCUGUCCCACAAACCAUCAUUUCCCCCAGUGCUCGGCGGCGUCCCGGGGAAGGGGGUCCACUGAGGAGUCCGGGGGAGGGUCGACGGGUUUUCUUGGGGCCUUCUCACUCCUGGAGGAUGGCGGGCGGAGGCCUGUGCCUUAUCACUGACCCUUUUGUUUUAAAAAGAUUUGUUAAGCGCUUACUACGUGCCAGACAGUGUACUGAGCGCUGGUGGGGCGAUACAAGGUCGACAGGUUGUCCCAAGGUGAGGGUUCACGGUCAUCAUCCCCAUCUGAGGCCCACAGAAGGGAGGGGACUGGGUCAAGGUCACACAGCAAAGGGUGGAGACUGGAUUGGAACCCAGGGCUCUACCCGAUAGGCCACCCUGCACGUGUCUGCUCAAUCUGUUGGACUGGGCUCUCCCAAGCGCUGAGUCCGGGGCUCUGCACACAGUAAACGCUCAAUAAAUAUCACCGAUCGAUUCCAAAGUGUCUUCCGGUUUUAAUCUGGGGAGUAAGAGGUGAUCGGGAUAAUAUCUUUGUUUACGGGCAGGGGACCCAGCUGCUAAUCCUCUUGGACUCUCCCAAGAACAGUGCUCUGCACACAGUGAGCCCUCAAUAAAUACAGCUGAUUCGUAUUGUA